AUGAUCCCGACACCUGGCACAGCGGCCUCCCGACCGCCUCGUUCCUCGCAUUCGUCUAGCCCAAGAAAACGUCCACAGCGCACCGAUUACCCACACUCUGCUGAUAACAACGCUAGCUAUGGCCCAAUGAGCGGCGGUCGGGCCCCAGGGACUGGUGCGGUACCCGUCUCCGAGGCUACGCCAGCCAACAGGACCCGCUUCGAACCCCCCGCUGAUAAUGCUGCCGGCAAACCCUCCAAGUCCUCCAAACGCAAAAAGAACCGCAAUCGCAAACGUCGCAACCGACACCAGUCUUUUAUUCCACCUAGUCAGGAGGAAUCUCAUGAUAGUCCUGGGGAGACUUCGGAUGCUGGAGGUGUCAGAGAUCAUCCAAUGGAGGCCGAUCGGCCAACUUCGAGGGACAAGUCGUUCUUCAAAUUAGGGCGCAACCUGAGUAACACAAGCUUGGAGAGCGAUGCUCUGUUAGAUCAUCGGGACCAACCUUUGAUGCGACCUCGUCGUGACAGUCGCCUUGGAUCAUCAUUCCGCCCAAGCUCCCUAACAUCCAAUGUCUUCCGAUCAAACGAUGGGCAACCUCGCAGCACCCCGAAGGGAGGACGGAGCCAACAACACCACAUUGGUGAUAGUGACGAAGAGGAUGCCAAUGAUCGGACACCAUUGAUGCGACCAGUUUCGGGCCACACGCCCGGUCAUAAUCGGUAUGGAACAGACAGUCGCCCGAGCUUGUUCUCAUCGCGUGCUCAGCAGUCCUCUACGAAAACUAUAUCCUCGGGAUGCUCGCCAAAGGACGAUCGCAGCCCGCUUUAUUCUCCCACUGUAGAGCGAGACUACGAUAUAAACAACCCACCUUCAAUUCCUGGGUCUCCAAAGCUGGGCCCGGAGAUGAAUUACGACGAUGCUGUGGUAACAGGAGCUGAUUGGGAUUUCUCAAUGGCUCGGUCAAUGGAGAAUCGCAAAGAUUCUUUGAAUGUCCUCAACGAUGCGCUGAUUGACAUAGACGGAAAUGGACGGCAUCCACAUUCUGCACCAUCCUCUUCACCUGGGUCGCCCCUGCUCUCUCCACAACAAGAAAUGCGGCGACGCCGAACGGUGGCAGUACCAGCACAGGAAGACGUAUGCUUUCCUACGGAAACAAUAUCCGAAUUGGGAGAUGAGGGACCAAGACAAACGCGAGAUGAAACAGGUGAGCGUCGACGACGUAGAAAUCGGCGAUGGCCCGAUCUCUCCAUUCUGGAAGAAUGGAGCCGCGAGGAGAAAGAGGAGCGCAACGGAGAUCUUCGAGUCAAAAGGAUCAGCGAGCCUGUGCUCAUCGAAGGCCGAUUGCGCCCUCAGUAUACAGGUUGGCGACGCGAGGAGGAUGAAGCGCCUUAUCGGUUCACAUAUUUCAACGAGGAAUUCCCGAGCACCAUUCAUGCGCAAACCAUCUCUGAAUUGGUACAACCAGGUGGUAGCUUCCGCGAUUUGUUUAUUCCAGAUCCCCCCGAAUUGGAGGAUUCCUCGGAAGAUGAGGACGAGGAAGAGGAAUCUUUCGUGGAGAAUUCGGCUUUCAAUAAUUCAACCCAUCCCGCCAGCAAGUCACCAUAUCAGACGGAUAACCAAAGUCAAGGCCAAGGCCAUCAAACAAACGUCAAUCCUUACAUGACACCUCACACCGUUGUUCCCAAUGGAAAAACUACAACGAAGGACGCCCAGACUCCCACCGAGAGCCCUCGCCCGCACCUUCAAACACCCCGUUUAACAACACCCCCUAACCCGAAACCCAAACGGUAUGGUCCGCGGCCAACUUUCUGGCUAGAUGUUCUCUCUCCAACAGAUGCAGAGAUGCGCACGAUUGCCAAAGCGUUCGGGAUUCACGCGCUGACGGCAGAGGAUAUCAUGAUGCAAGAAGCUCGAGAGAAAGUCGAGUUGUUCCGCAGCUACUAUUUCGUCAACUACCGCACUUUUGAGCAGGAUAAGAACAAUGAGGACUAUCUCGAGCCGGUGAAUAUGUAUGUGGUAGUUUUCCGCGAAGGCGUGAUAUCCUUCCAUUUCUCGCAAACGCCUCACCCAGCCAAUGUGCGGCGGCGUAUCCGCCAACUGAUGGAUUACCUGAUCCUCAGCUCAGACUGGAUUUCAUACGCACUGAUUGAUGACAUUACCGACGUCUUCGGCCCGCUGAUCCAAGCGAUUGAAGACGAGGUCGAUGAGAUCGACGAGAUGAUCAUGCAAAUGCACUCUUCCAGCAAGGAGGUGUCGUCCAAUGAUGGUGUGCUUCCUUCAUUUGCACCAGGAGAGAUGCUCCGGCGAGUGGGAGAAUGCCGCAAGAAGGUCAUGGGAUUAUAUCGACUUCUCAGCAAUAAGGCUGAUGUAGUCAAGGGGUUUGCCAAGCGUUGCAAUGAGCAGUGGGAGGUUGCACCCAAGUCAGAGAUUGGUCUGUACUUGGGUGAUAUUCAGGAUCACAUUAUGACGAUGACGGGCAACCUAACGCACUACGAAACAAUCCUUUCCCGCGCACACUCCAACUAUCUAGCGCAGAUAAACAUCCUCAUGAAUGAGCGCCAGGAACAUACUGCCGAUGUCUUGGGUAAGCUGACGGUUCUUGGUACGAUUGUCCUACCGAUGAACAUCAUUUGCGGUAUGUGGGGGAUGAACGUUAAGGUACCGGGUCAGGAGAUCGAUAGCCUGACAUGGUUCUGGUGCAUUACUGCCGGACUAUGCGUAUUUGCAUUUGUAUCUGUUUGGAUCGCUAAAAGAGUCUAUAAAAUUGUAUAG